AUGACACCAGAACAAUUCCAAUCUACAUGGGAUAAAGUCUUUAUAGGAAAUCCAAACGAGGCUCGCUCAUUCUGUGAAGAGGUAUUAAACCCCAACUAUGUGCGCCUGGAAGCUGGCAGGGACCGAACGGACUUUGAGCGCGCUGUCGAGAAAGUCACUCUCUUCCGCCAAAACUGUAAAAAGUUCAAUAGUUCCUUGCCCUUCUUUGCUCAAGACAAUAAGAAAAUUGCUGCCCGGGUGAUUUGUGAUUUUAAAAUGGGUGAUGAACCAGAGCAAAAGCUUGAGGUCAUGAUCAUGAUUGAGCUUGAUGACGAGGAGAAACUGGGUAAUCACGAAACCAAUGAGGCAUUCCAGCUCUACGAGCAGAUUCGGAACAGCAAAGAAGAUCCCGGCAUGAUUGGAAAGAUCGGCCAAAGUAGGUAUCUUGAUCGGGAAAGUGGGACGUUUUUUCCUGCGUCUUCUGAAAUGUUUGGCGCAAAGACGAUUGCCGGUCAUUCAUAUGAGCCUAUACUAGCGUCUGAGGUUCCGAAAUGA